CAACCAAAGAUCACAAAACACACUUCAAAAAUCAUCUUCAUCUCAAAAUCAUAAGAAGUAAUCAAUCUUUAAUGGUUGUUGAAAGUCCAAAGUUGGAAGGAGAAAAAAGAUGCAUAGCAAACUUGUUGUAGGAGUAGAAUUAGUAAGCUCAUCACCAACUUUUUGUGCACUACCUCGUCGCCGUCAUCAUCAUCCAUUAUUCUCCAAGACUCUAUGCUGCACCAACAAUUCCUCUUCUUCUUCUUCUUCUUCUUCAUCAUCAGGCCAUAAAUUCAAGUUUAAUGUUGUGGGUGAUAGGAAAUGGAAGUUCAAAGAUAUUGAUGCCAGUAAAGUGGAAGAAUCAGUAAAUCACUGGCUGUCAAAGACACAGGACUUUUUUAGUGAAGUCACUUCACCACUGGUAAAAACUGUAAAUGAUAAAAGAACCAAUUUUCAUGAUGAUAUUCAAGAUACGGAGGAAGUAUUCAUGGCUGAACAAACUGUUGAUAGCCAAACACCGAAUGGUGAUCUAUCUGUAGCUGCCAUUCUUUCCAUUGAGCAAUUUAGCAGGAUGAACGGAUUGACUGGGCAGAAAAUGCAGAAGAUCUUCAAAGCACUUGGUCCUGAAUCUGUUCAUAGUGAUGCUCGCAGUUUGGUUGAAUACUGCUGCUUUAGGUUUCUGUCAAAGGAUACUUCUAUCCUUCAUCCUUGCCUGAAGGAACCUGCAUUUCAGAGACUGAUUUUCGUAACUAUGCUUGCCUGGGAGAGACCAUAUAGGAGCAGAGGAGACUCCCGAGUUAAAGUUUCAAAGAAGCAUUCUCUCCAGCUAAAGACGAGACUAGUUGGAGAAGAGGCUUUUGUUCGUAUUGCGCCUGCUGUUGCUGGUAUAGCUGAUUGGACAACAGCACACAACCUUUUCAAAGCUCUUGCUGGGAAUGAUCGGGGCAUCUCAUUUACCUCAUGGUCCACAUACAUCUGUGAACUUCUCAAAGUGCACGAAGGACGGAAGACAUACAAGUUUCAAGAUCCCUCCCAGCUCCAUAAUGAGAGAAUCUUGUGCAUUGCUUCCGGUGGAAAACACCCUGUUCUUAAAUGGGAGAAUAAUAUGGCAUGGCCUGGAAAACUAAUUUUGACUGAUAGGGCCCUUUACUUUGAGGCGGUUGGUGUGAUGGGAAAAAGAAAUGCAUCAAGAUUGGAUCUUACAGGAGAAGGUUCACUUAUAAAGACAACAAAAGUUGGGCCUCUGGGCUUUGACUUUCUAGAUUCUGCUGUAUCUGUCACUUCGGGUCCUCAGUCGGAUGCAUGGGUAUUAGAAUUUGUCGACUUUGGAGGAGAAAUGAGACGGGAUGUGUGGUAUGCAUGCAUCAGUGAAGUAAUUGCUUUAUACAAGUUCAUACGAGAAUUUGGACCUGAGGAAGGUGAUCAAUCAGUAUACAAUGUCUAUGGUGCUCAGAAAGGGAAGGCAAGAGCAAUUUCGUAUGCUACCAAUGCUGUUAAGAGACUUCAGGCUCUUCAAAAUACUCGAAAGCUCUUGGAGGAGCCAACUAAAUUGGUUCAGUUCUCAUUUUUGCAAAAUGCACCUUAUGGUGACGUCGUAUUACAAACUCUAGCAGUUAACUGUUGGGGUGGACCAUUGAUCGCAAAAGUGACUGAUCAAGAAUAUCAAUCCACAAAAGAGGCAACAGAAAGUAGUAGUUAUGUGUUUGACGUAGAUGGAAGUGUGUACCUGCAGAAGUGGAUGAAGUCUCCAUCAUGGACUUCUAGUGCUUCACUUGCUUUUUGGAAGAACUACUCGCUAUCGAAACGGGGGAUAGUUUUCAGUAAAAAUCUUGUUGUCGCUGAUAUGAAUUUGAUGGAAAAAGCAGCAUUGGUAUGUAGAGAUAAAUAUCAAGUAGCACAGAAAACGCAAGCCACAAUUGACGCUGCAAUGAUUGAAGGGAUCCCUAGUAACAUUGACCUUUUUAAGGAACUUGUGUUUCCGUUAACAGUUAUGGUAAAAAACUUUGAGAAACUUAGGCAUUGGGAGGAUCCCCUAUUGACAGCCUCUUCUCUUGCACUUGCAUAUACGAUUAUAUUCAGGAAUAUGCUAUCUUAUAUUUUGCCGGCAAUAUUGAUGGUAUUGGCUGCUGGCAUGUUAUUACUUAAGGGGCUCAAGGAACAAGGUCGGCUUGGAAGAUACUUUGGAAAAGUAACGAUACGUGACCAACCACCAUCAAACACACUACAGAAAAUUAUUGCAGUUAAAGAUGCCAUGCGUGAAGUCGAAAAGUAUCUGCAGAGCUUGAAUCUGUCGCUGCUCAAGAUUCGAGCAAUUAUUCUUGCUGGCCAACCUCAGAUCACGAUGGAAGUCGCUCUGGCUCUACUAUUUGGUGCAACCACUCUCCUAAUUGUUCCAUUCAAGUACAUAGCUGCUUUCCUGAUUGCUGAUGCAUUCACCCGUGAACUCAAGUUCCGAAAGGAAAUGGUUUUGAGAUUCAUGAGCUUUCUGAAGGAGCGGUGGGAAACAGUGCCUGCUACCCCAGUUGUUGUACUACCAUUCGAGGAUGAUAAGUCCGAUGCACCAACCCAAAGAAAGGAGUCCAGCAAUGAUGUAGUAAAACCAGAGAAACAGUUAAAGCAGUAGGUUGUUGUAAAUCUUCUUUUAGGUAACUUUCUUUUCUUUUUUCUUUGUUCUUUAUAGUUGGUGCUUGCAGAAGGUGAGAGGGGUCGAAGAUUGAAGCAAGAAACACUUUUUCGCCCUUAAAAACAGUAUCAUUUGGGUGGGAUUUCAUAAAACAGUAUCACAUGAGUAAAAUGUGAUUGGUUUGUAUGAAUGUCUCUUGGAAAGGAGGAGCAUUAGAAUCUCCAAAUGUUGUUUUUGUC